UUAACUUUCAGAUUAUUUACUCGGAUCUCGAUGAAGAUCUCUCGUUGGUUCUUGCUUUACUAGCACUUGCUGUGGUGGCAAGCCAUGCGGUUCUCUCACCUGAGCAAUAUUGGAACAAUAAGCUGCCAAAUACUCCUAUGCCAAAGGUUGUCCAAGAAAUUCUACAUCCUGAACUGUGGGGGGAGAAAAGUACCUCUGUGAAUGUAGGUGGCGAUGGUGUAAACGUUAAUACAGGAAAAGGGAAACCUGGGGAUACUGCUGUGAACGUUAAGCCUGGACCGGACCCGUUUGAAUACAAUUAUGCAGCCACUGAGAAUCAAAUCCAUGAUGACCCGAAUGUGGCACUUUUCCUUUUGGAAAAGGAUAUGCACCCCGGGGCAACAAGGACCCUUCGUUUCACCGAAACUACAGAGAAAUCAGCUUUCUUACCUUACCAAAUAUCCCAAUCAAUACCGUUUUCAUCUAACAAGUUGCCAGAAAUUCUCUCCAAAUUUUCAGUAAAACCUGGAACUGAAAAGGCAGAGACGAUGAAGAAUACAAUCAAGGAGUGCGAAGAGCCAUCGAUUCGAGGAGAAGAAAAAUAUUGUGCCACCUCACUUGAAUCAAUGAUCGACUUCACCACUUCCAAGCUAGGCAAAAUUGAUAAGGCGGUCUCUACAGAGGUGGAAAAGCAAACCCCAAAGCAGAAGUACACAGUAGCAGUCGGAGUAGAGAGGAUGGGAGGCGAGAAAAACGUAGUGUGCCACAAGCAGAAAUAUGCAUAUGCCGUCUUCUAUUGCCAUAAAUCAGAUACAACAAGGGCUUACAUGGUUCCUUUGAAGGGUGCUGACGGGACAAAAGCCAAAGCAGUAGCAGUCUGCCACACAGAUACAUCGGCAUGGAACCCAAAGCAUUUGGCUUUUCAAGUCCUUAAGGUUGAGCCAGGAACCGUUCCUAUCUGUCAUUUCCUUCCUCAAGAUCACAUUGUUUGGGUCCCCAAGUAAAGCAAUAUCCAGUUCGUUGUACAAUAAUUAUACCUCAAACCCACGAGUUUAGGUAUGCAGAAU